AUGGCGUCUAACGGUGACGACGAGACUCACGCCUUCCGCUACGGUGCUCCGGCAGCCGUCGUUGAUCCGCUGCUAUCGUUUCUCUUUGAUCUGCGGCGGAUGGAAGACAACGUUCUAUCCACGCUCGAACACAUCGGAGUUCAGCGCCGUGACCUGCCUCGUCCUUUCGGGUGUGGCUCAUCCGCGUCCCCGCCGCAAGUACCAGCAACCGCGGACGAAGAUGCGGCAGUAUUCCCCGAUGCGCCGCCGUUGCCGAUGCCGGCGUCCGACCCUAUCGACGCCUAUGCCCGCGAGAUCGCUGCAAACCACUCUGAUGCGCGUGAUGUGAGCGUAGCGGGCGUGAUACACCAACUACUGAGCUGGCUAGGCUCCCAGUUGUCUUCCUCUCGGUCGCCUCCGGCUCCAUCGCAGCAGCUCCUGACGAUUUUUUCGACGGCUGCUGGAGCAGGGGCGGACGUCUUCUUGCGCGACGCGGCCACACUCGAGGAUACCCACGUUGGAGGCACCUUCAAGAGAGCUAAACCUGACAAGAGCGCGGCCUCAUCAACACCCGAUGAGAAGACCCUUGCGUGGGGCGAUGAAAGCACUGCGCGCCUUGUUGGUACUCUCACCUCCGCCGAUAUCCACGCGGCGGUGCAGGAGUGGCGCGGGUACGAGAGACUUCUCAAAAGCAGUGCGGCAGAGAUGAAGGCAACAUUGGCGGCCGUGACCGCGGCGCGGCUGGGUAACUCAUACAGCUGUCAUGCGAAGUGGGUCGAGCGUACCCGACGUGAUGGAAAGUCGACGUUCGUGGUGCCAGCCAGUGCUGUCCUCAAGAGGAACUAUGAGGAGCUCAUCAGCCUCAACGACGCGCUGGCGACCUGCCAGGCUGCGGUGCACGUCGCUUACGUGGCGCUAGAGGACAAUCUGGACGUGUUGUUGGAGGAAGCGCUGACAGUGGACCGACAGGAGCGCCUCUUUCAGCAUCACGUAUCCGUGGCGCACCGCGAGUGCGCUGCAUUGCAUGCGUUACGCGGCCGUAUCAAGCAAGCCCGCAAAGCUCUGGAGGCGUGUGCCUACGGCCAGCGCGGUAGGACUAAAGCACAGCCUUGCUAG